GCUGUGUACAUGGGUAUGGAAGGACUAAACAAAAUUUGUGUGCUUUUCCUAGACCUGAGAAAAUAGGGUGCAACUAAAGAUAAGGAUGCCAAAGAAGGGGAUUAGUAUAUAAUCUGUUCACUAGACUCUCCGUCUCAUGCGUUUUUUUUGUGCUGCGGUAUGACUCAUCUCAGGGCAGCGACCAUGCCUCCCGUAUCUAGCUUGUGAGCCAUUACCUUUAUCGUCUGCAUUGUUAAGACCUAGGGAGAGUGGCAGCGCAUACACGACCAGAUCUGCCAGCUUGAAGUAAUCGACUAUCCUGUUUUACUCGCUUCACGGUCAUAAAUGUUGGCCUAUAGUUUGAUGGAUCUCGUUGCAAGACGACAUCGUGACCUUGUCGUUGCCUUCUUUUAACCGGUAUCGUAAAUUACCAGGCUUGGAGAGUCUCCCAAGCCAGUUACUCCAAAGUUUCUGCAACCUUUUGAACUCUUAGGUCUGGUAACGUCCGGAACGAGGCUCUAGGCUAUUGGUUGGGUGCAUCCAGAAAUUACGGUAGUAAAGUCUGUGCGUUCAAUCUCCACAACAUUUAGGUGAUUCUAUACCUUCAUCAGCGAUCCGGAGAAUUUUCGUACGCUCAUUUCUACCCAAAGGCAAUUUCUCGUUGUGGAUACCUCGAAAAUUGAGUAAUAAAUUUGGGUUUUGGCCGAGAUUUCAGCCGAAAAAUAGCGAGGGUUGGUGCUCUCGACCCUGAGAUUGACAAGACUCUUUUUUUUGAGGCACUCGACAAUAAUCUGACCUCGCAAGCAGUAGACUUGAUAUUUUUCGGAGUGUGGGGUUGCAAGCACGCAGCCUCGUGCAACAAACAAAAUCCCGUGGUGCGGUAUUUUAGUUUCGAGAUUUUUUUAUGUCUGCCAUAGCUAGAAAAAGUUAUGCUUACUCUUUAUCAUCUGCCUUACGCCGAAGGAUUCGGCGCCAACGCACGCAAGGUUGCAAUUCUUCUCAAUGAGUUGGGAGUUGACUGGAAAGGUGAAGCUGUUCCAAGAAACGAGGUCCGUACUUCCUCUGAGUACGUUCUUCUUCAUCCUGACCGUAAGGUUCCUGUGCUCAAGGACGGCGAGACAACUUUGAUUGAGUCUGCAGCUAUAAUGCAGUAUUUGGCAGAGGUAUAUGGAUCCGGCAAGUUUCUCGAAUCAAAAUACGAUGCCCUCGCAUGGGUUUCGCUGCAAAAUGGGUUGUCAUCGGCAGUUGCGUCACUGGCCCAUGCUGAUGACGAGUCACAGACGGAAAAGGCGAUCAAUAACGCUAGGCACUACUUGGGACUUUUGGAAAACAAGUUAGCGUCUUCCAAGAGUGGAUAUAUUCUUGAUACAGGGUACACAAUUGCAGACAUUGCAUGGAUUGCAUUUGUUGACGAAAGACGCAAGGAGAAGCUUCGCCUUGGAAGCUGGGACCAAUUCCCAAAUAUUGCCAAGUGGCAGAAGAAGGUCCUUGCACGCCCGGCUGUUGCUAAGGCAUACGAGAACUAGUAGGCGUGUUCGAGGUAAAGGUGAUCCUCCAAAGGUGCCCAAGAAUCAACUGUAGCCCGAUGAUAGUACGGAUGAGGUGGUUUCAAGUGGAAAUUCCUCCUAAACCGUUUACGCCUACUUCAUUGAAGACUUUAUACACGAUAUGGACCAGCUUGAUGUUCAUUGUUUUUGAUAGUAAGCUAUGCAAAGAUCUUCAAGAGAGAAAUCCGAAGUAGACGUUCAUAACGAUUAGAAAUCACUAUCGCAUAAUUUUUCAUAGCAUACCUCACGUUGGAGCGGUACAAAAAUGGGCGCACUUACAUGUGAUAGUGUUUGGUAAAUAGACUUUUUGGCUAGCAUCCCGCUCAUCGGAGAAUAUUCUGCUCAAAAAUUAAGGAUGCCCAUUACGGAAAUAGGUAUUUUAUCUUCAAAUAUUGUCGACGGAGAUUUUUUUGCAUACUUUUGCUACCCUAUUAAUAUGAUAACGACGAAAAAAGUUGAUUUUUUUUGGUACAAUAGUGUACAUAUAUAAGAGUGUUACUGCAACCUAAAAAAUGCUCCCAUACAAACAAUACCCUCCACAAUGCAACUGUCUACCUUAUGGGAACCGCCAAUAGUGAAUCCAAGAAACCUGAAAGCGACCUCAAUACCAAUUUUUAACCUAUGGAACGUCUAUGGAAGAAACUUCUUUUUCGGGUGGUUUGGUUUUUUGUUUAAGGACCUAAGACUCACUGCAGUGGAUAUAUCCAAUAAUAACAUAUGUGGACUGACAGGAACUUUACUAGGCAGAUUCAUUUUGGGGCCCCUUAACGACAAGUAUGGCCCACGGAUUACUUUGACAGGCGUGCUGGUUGCAGGAGCAAUUCCGACUGCAUUUGUUCCUUUGGUUACAAAUGUUGCAGGUCUACAUGCCAUUCGCUUUUUUAUCAGCUUUCUAGGCUCCUCGUUUAUUUGUUGCUCCCAAUUCUGCGCUGUAUUUUUUGAUAACAACAUUAUAGGGACAGCAAAUGCCAUCUCUGCCGGUUGGGGAAAUGCUGGAGGAGGUGUGGCAUUCUUUGUCAUGCCUGCCAUUUCAAAUGCGUUGGAAAAUAGAGGUUACUCUUUGCACCAUUCUUGGAGCUACUCUUUUGUGAUUGGGCCGUUCUUAAUUUUGAUGAUCACGGCAAUACUGAUCUUUGUAUUUGGAAGCGACUGCCCGAGAGGCAGAUGGUCCCUUCGUGGAGAUAUCCUUGGUAUCAACAUGGAUAAUAUGCUCGUGAAGUCUGUCUCUGUCACAAGGCACUUCUCUAAGGAAGGAGAGCUCACUUCUGUAUUUGUUGAGCCUGUUAACGCAAUUGAUAAGGUCGUGGUUGAGCCCAAUCAAGACCAGGAAAUUCUUGAAGUCGCAGAUAUCAUAAAUGGUGACGAAAUCAUUGAAGACCCAUCGCUCAAUGACGUGGUCAAGAUCUGUUUAUCCCCGCGGACAAUGCUGGUCGGACUUUGCUACAUGUGCUCGUUUGGUACUGAGCUUGCAGUAGAGUCUAUUAUUUCCAACCUGUUCGGGCAAAAGAUGACAAACUGGAGCACCUCUAAAGCUGGAGCAUGGGGCUCAAUGCUUGGACUCCUGAACGUGGUGGCAAGACCAGCUGGAGGGAUCAUCUCCGAUUUUUUAUACCAAAGAUUCAAAACCACAAAGGCUAAAAAGGCAUUUUUUUUGAUUUGGAUUGGACUAGUUCCGGAAUUAUCCAUCGCGGGACUCAUAGUGUCCGUUUCGUUUUUGUGUCUUUGGUUUGAGAUGGGUAAUGGUGCAAAUUAUGCAUGUGUUCCCGUUGUGAAUAGACAUCACAGUGGUAUUGUGAGUGGAGUUACGGGAGCAAUGGGUAACUUAGGAGGCAUUUUGUUUAGUUUAGUGUUCAGGUACACUAUAUCAAAUGGAGUGAACAACUACUUCAAGGCGUUUUGGAUUAUAGGAAUUGUUUGCACUGCUGUAAAUCUGGUCUGUGUGCUUAUUCCAAUUAGAGAGGAGAGGCCAAGGAAAGCGGAAAAUUGA